AUUUUUAUUUGAUGGAAUGGAAACUGGCUUUGAUUCUUGCCCUGCAGUUGUUUGUUUCUAUUUUAUUUUCUGGUGGGUGGUAAGGAAUAAAAUUAUUAUUAUUAUUUUAAAGAAACUCUGCAUUUCUCUAUCAAUUUAUUUAGUUUCAUUAGCUUUUUCUUGUUUCUGGUAUGUAGGAUGUUUACAUUUUCACUGGUUGCAGACUUAUUUCGAGUCAUGGGGUCACAAUUUUACUCUCAAUGCAACUUUUGAUGAAAUUGAAAUAAGAAUUAUGAUGGGGUUUGUUAUACCAGGAGGAUGGGCUCCUGAAUGUCUUGCAAUGGAUUCGUUUGUAGUAGACAUAGUGAGGAAAUUCUCUAAUUCUCAAAAGCCAAUUGCCUCUAUUUGCCAUGUUCAAUUGAUAUUGGCAGCUGCUGAGGUAGUUAAAGGUUGUAAAUUCACUGCAUUUCCUACUGUCAGGUCUGCAAUUAUUGCGGCUGGUGCAUUUUGGGUGGAACCUGAAAACAAUGCAGCUUCUGUUCUUGAUGGUAAUAUCAUUUCUGGGGCUACCUAUGAGGGACAUCCUGAGUUCAUUCAGCCUUUUGUGAAAGCACUUGGUGGCAUUAUAACUGGUGCAGGCAGACAAAAGUAUUCUGUUUCUCUGUAGUGAUUUCAUGGAAAUCAUAAAGUAACAAUACCUUUUCCGUCUCUUCAAGCUCUGGAAUGCCAUCCUGAUAGGCUGAUACAGUUUGCCAAAAGAAGAAGGCUGGCAACACUUGCCGAACUGCUGUCCAUGAUUUUGAAGCUGACCAAACUUACAGUGAGAAGCCAGGCCAUCUUUUCACUCUUAACAGCUAAUUUUCAGGAUAUAGAUGUCUCAAUGCACUAGUGAUUCCAGGGGGUCGAGCACCAGAAUAUUUGGCAUUAGAUAUGUCAAUGCUUGCUUUAGUGAAGAAAUUCAUGGAGUCCUGGAGACUAGCGGCAUCAAUUUGCCAUGGACAACAGAUUUUAACUGCAGCAGAUUUACUGUAGGGAAAGAAAUGUACCGCAUACCCUGCUGCAAAACUGAAGACAAUCUUGUCUGGAGCAACUUGGUUAGAGGUGAAUCAUAUUUGAUCAUUGCUUCACUGAUGGAAAUUUGGUUACUGGAGCUGGUUGACUAGGUCGCCCUGAGUUCAUUUUCGCAGGUAAUGAAUCUGCAUCGCAUCAAGGUAUCUUUUUAGUUGAAAUCCUCACCUUGCUGAUAGUGAAAUUGUCUCAUCCCAUAUACUUUUAAUUAAAUAUUUUCAACUUUUUUGAAUAGGUGGCCUUCUUUGUACAUUAAAUUUUGUCUGUUUUAUAAAGCAAAUUUUCCUUUUGACUGGACCUAGAAAAUGCCAAUAAGUUGGUAUGCUGCCU